AGAAGUGUUGUGUGCUGUGAUUAUUAAAAUUGUGCAAAAAUAUUUAAAAGUGAGCCCUAGAUAUGGAUAAACUGGUCAGGAAUCAAAUUCCUGAUUCUUCGUCGUCUCCACCGCUGAGUUGCUCCUUGAACUUUCAUGCUUUCGACGAUGAUCUCAUGUCUGACCUCCCUUCUUGCGUCUUUGGCGGAUCUGCUGCCCAAGCUUCCGGCAUUUCAAGUAGUCUGAGACUGGGAUCAAAUUCAGGAAAUGGCAGUGGAAUCAAACAUCCAGGAAAUGUGCACCAUCCUUCACAAUUUGGUGGCGGAGUUCAUCAUCCAGAUUGCCAGUUGGUUGAACCAUCAACUUCAUCGAGCCAUGGGGAUCUUCAGGGAGGUGGUAGUAGUGUCCAGAGUGGCUGUUCACCCUAUGGAUCACCUCCCUACAAGAUUCAGCGACAGCAAACAUCGAUUCGAGAGCGAAAGAGGAUGCUGAGCAGCAUCAACAGUGCUUUCGAUGAACUGAGAAUUCAUGUACCAACUUUUCCAUACGAGAAGCGCCUCAGCAAGAUUGACACUUUGCGAUUGGCUAUUGCCUACAUUGCCCUCCUAAGGGAAGUUCUAGAGGCAGACUAUGAUCCUCUGACCUACGUGGAAAAGUGUCUCAGGGGGGAGAUUAAGGCAGAAAGAGCUCAUUGGAAUACCAGUGAUCUAACUGCGCGUCUUUCGUGGAUAAAUUGGGAAAAUUUGGGUGUUUAUCCUGGACGACGGACACUCCUGACAUCCUUGGCCCUUGGGGCAGAUUCCAGUAAUUGCGGAGGAGCAUAAUUUGAAGAAGACUUGAGCUGCAAUUUUUUCUGUCGUGAUUUUAGUUAAUAAUAAAGAAAAAAAAAGGAA